GCAUCGGACGGACUUCGCGCAGGUCGUCCUCGUGAUCCAAGCGGGGAGUCUCGUCGGAUGAGCGGUUUUGGAGUUGGGGGGGGGGGUUAAAUCCCAGCCCUUCGCCUUUGUUGCGCCGAGCGAGGGGGGCGGAGAGAGCAACAGGUCCGCGCGUAUAAAAGCGUCCACCCGGCACUCGGGGCGACACCGGAGUCGCGCCUGCAACACCAGGGAGACACUCUUCUUUUUAGAGGGAAUUCCUGGACUUGUUCCCCCCCCCCCCUUUUUUUUUUUUUUAAAUAUUAUUAUUCUGAUUAUUUUUGGGGGAUGCCAAUCAUGCUGACGCCGUGCGCCGCGCGUUGCUUCUUGCCUCUUUGGCUCUCGCUGCUUGGAUACGCUCAGGCCGGACCGAUCCUCCUCCUCAACUCCAACUCCAUCAAGAACUUCGAGCCGGUCAGCCCGAGUCCGCGCACCUCGCCGCCGCCCCCUCCUCCGCCGGGCGGCCUGGGCCACAAAUCGUCCGCGGACGCCUUGCAGCAGGCGAGCGUGUGCGCGGACGACGACGACUGCGGCGGGGAGGAAUUUUGCAACGACGUCCGCAGCGUGUGUCUGCCGUGCCGCAGGAACCGGAAGCGUUGCGCGCGAGACUCCAUGUGUUGCGCAGGAAGUCGCUGCGGCAACGGUGUGUGUCAGACGAAUGACUUCGAUGGGCCGGAAUCUUCCACCGUAUCAGUCUGGCAUUUACACAACCACACCAUGGAGCACCAUGCCAAGAGGCCGCUUGCUGGCCCCGAAGGCCACCCUGUGAAAGGUCAGGAAGGCGACACGUGCCUGCGCUCGGCCGACUGCGCUGCGGGGCUGUGCUGCGCCCGCCACUUCUGGUCGCGCAUCUGCAAGCCGGUGCUGACCGAGGGCCAGGUGUGCACGCGCCACCGCCGCAAGGGCACCCACGGCCUGGAGCUGUUCCAGCGCUGCGACUGCGGCGACGGCCUGGCGUGCCGGCCCGAGAGAGGCGAGCGGGAGCAGCACGCCGGCGUCGGCAGGACGUCCGCCCGGAACCUGCACACCUGCCAGAGACGUUGAUUCGCGCGCACACAGACAAACACACACACAUAUGCCAACACCCAAGACUUUUCUUUCCUGCCAGCGCCGCUGACACCAAGACAGCGCCAGGAAGCGAAGAUGCGCUUCCUGGGAAAAGUGAUACACCCGCAGAGAUGAUGGACUGAUCUCGUUGCCCGCCAACGGAUGAGAGGGGAGGUCGAAGGGGGGGGGGGCGAGCGGCGGGGGGGGGGGGGGGGGGUGUCUCAGUCGUCGGCGGGGUUAAUGGCAGAGCUGUUUUCUUUGUUUCUGUUUUUAUGGAACUUGAAGCCUCGGUUAUUGCAGUAAAUUACUGUAUUGUGAAUGACGGCUGGGGAACAAACGCUCAUAAUAUAUAAUAAAUCAUUGAACAUAUGUUCCGGGACAUUCCAGACUCACCCGCGGCAGGUGAAAAUCUGCGCUAUAGCGAGACCAUGUAUUUUUUGGACAUGAUAAGUUUUACCUCUCCCGAAUGCUUUAAACACGUUUAAAUGUAUUAAACACUUUUUAAAGUAUUCCUUAGCGCCUGUUUUCACU